GGCGACCUUCGACUCCUCCACUGGAGGCCGCGCAGCCAGGUGUUCUUCCACGAGGCCCUCUGACUCCCGAGCAGCUGCGGAGAAUCGUAUGUGCAGAUAUGGAGAUAGUCCUUGACAGAGUUAGGAUCUAAUUCAUCUCUUGAUCUAGGAAAUCAAUCGGAUGAAAGCCAAAGCUAUUCGUGAACAACGUGAAGCGGAAGAAGCCCGAAACGCCUCGUCGGCAGCCUCUACCUCCCUCGCACAGGGCGUGAAGCGCUCUUAUGGUACGAUGACCUCGGAGACACCAGCGAAUGUGCGGGAUGCGGCGUCAGCGAAUCGACCGCUGGAUGCGAUCAAGCCAGCCAAGAACUUCACCAGAUAUGUCGAAUACGACUUUAGCAAGAUGACGGAUACGAAGGGAGGCUUCUUGACACAAGAAGAUGAUCCGCACAAUCGAGCUCUCCAUGUGCGAGACGAACGGGCGGAGCAGAAACCGGCCAAUAUGACACAGAAGGAAUGGGAGAAACAACAGCUACUCAAAUCAUUGCGGCGAGAUCGGGCGGGCCCUUUCGAGCCGGGGAUCAGUGUUUUGGAGGAGAAAAGCCAGCAGAAAACAUGCAGAGAGUGUGGGACUUUAGAGAUCGACUGGAAAUGGGAAGAGGUGUUCCACUGCUGCAUAUGCAACGGGUGCAAGGAAAAAUACCCAGAGAAAUACAGCCUGCUGACCAAGACGGAGGCAAAAGAGGACUACCUCCUUACUGACCCCGAGCUCAAAGACGAAGAACUCCUCCCUCACCUCGAACGCCCGAACCCCCACAAAUCCACAUGGAAUAACAUGAUGCUGUUUCUUCGGUACCAGGUCGAAGAGUACGCCUUCUCGGCGAAGAAAUGGGGAUCCACCGAGGCCCUGGACGCCGAGUUCGAGCGCCGUGAGAGCGACAAGAAGCGUCGUCGCGAGGCCAAGUUCAAGACCAAGCUGCAGGACCUGAAGAAACGAACCCGAGUCGAGGCAUACCGUCGCAACCGACACGGCGCGGCGGGCGGCAACUUUGGCGAUGACCUAGGCCGUGGCCGCCAUGUACACCAAUGGGGACGGUCUGUCGAAAACCCAGACACAGGAAUCGGAGUGAAGAAGUGUGUGGACUGUGGGAUGGAAGUCGAAGAAUUGGAAUUCUAGCCUGUCUUGACGGAGACUUGCAAGUGUCUACGUGGAACCACCGUAUAAUAAUGCACGAUACCCUACAUACACGCAUCAUAAAAAAUCCACCGCUAUUAUUUUAGAAACUCCCUUUAUGUUCC